CGUGGCGGGGGACGUCUAGUCUGGCGGGGCCCUGCCCCGCCUGCCCGGAGACUCGGCCGGCGCUGGGAUGCGCCCGUGCCCUCCGGCCUGAGGACCGGCGGAGAAAGCGAUCGAGCGCGGUCGUUGCUGUCGCGACAUGUGCGAGCACCCCGGAGCGCUCGUUGCUCCCCGUUGUUGUUGUAACUUGGGCGGCAGAGGGGCGCUGCGUGUCCCGCGGGGCUCCCGGCCGGGGCUGCCCCAGGAGCUGGGUUUCGCUUUGUGCUCCCUUCUCCCCACCUCCUGCCCUUUUUUUCGCCUGUGUUUUAGGUGUCCGUUUUGCAGCGAGCCCUUCCCUUCCAGCCUUGCUGGGAAGUUCGGUGUUGUGGUUCUGGUUGUCUCAGAGUGCCAGUCCCGUGAGACGGGAGAAAGUAUUGUAAUUGUUUCAAAGUCUUCUUAAAAGCUCAGUAUUGAAAACACGGCGUCGUCUGUGUACAGCUCAUGUACACAAUGAGUUUUUGUAUAGACUGAGUGUGCUUAUAGCUGUGGUUGCUGAUGAUUGUCUUUCACUACCAUUAAUAACGCAGUGUGUGAGAAGCAGUGUCGGUAAGCCUAGCGAGCGUCGUGUUUCUAAAGCAAUCAGCAGGACCACUUGUUGAUACCAAGUGUUGCUCACGGUGUGUGUUUUGGAGUGCAAUAGUAGAUCUGGAAGGGAUCUCAGAGUUACACGACCCAAUCAUGGGACUCCGUGUUAAGAGCAAAUUGGUUCCUGAGAGCUCUUACUGCUGGUUUCCCCUCCCUGCGUUUGUGGAGGGAACUUUCUGAGUCUCAUGUGGCUGUCUCAGUGUCAGUGCCAGCCUAGCAGACUGCAGUAACAGGAGCAUGCGCUCUGCCAGAACCCCGGCGCUGGUGUAAGCCACUUGUGGAGGUCUGACCAAAGGAUUCUGCGGGAAUACUGUCCUUGUGUGGCUCGUGCUGUUCUGGGUCAGCAGAGGGUUGGGGGUCCCAUGGUGGCGGGCAGACCUUGCCUUUGUGUUUCGCUCUUGACAGCUCAGUAUCUUGGUCUUUGUUCCCUCUUUGUACGUGUACGGGGCAUUUCUUUGUGAAACAUUGUUGAGAUUAUGUUCAGCUCCCUAAAUCCUAGUGUACGGAUGUGAAGAACUUUCCGUACUGCUGGUACAAGUUAUUGCUGGAAAUGUGGUACAUCCCCAGUGUUUUCUGAUGACGAUCGAGCUACUAUCUUUAAUAUAAAAUACAAAAAUAAGUUUCAAAGUGUCGUUCUCAAAAGCUGUAAUGCCUUGAACCUUUGUUAGAUUCCUCCCAUGCUACCUUUGUCAGUUUCAUACCCUAGGAGUAUUUCAGGUGCUUAGAGCAGAUGAUAAAGUGUAUGAAUAUAUUUUGUUUCUGGAGGUGGGUUAAGGUGUGACAAGUUUCGUUUGUGUCAGUCUGUGGGAACCAGGAACAUUCACAGGUAGUGCAGAGGGGGAGAAUGGUGUGCGUACACACGUAGAAUUAAGCUACAAGUCAGAGUUCUUACAUUGUUUGCAUUGUGCCCUGUUUGCUGUGAGCUUUACAAGUCCAUUGCUCCUCCAGUGGCUGCUGGAACGUAGAUAAUUUUGCAGGGGGUGAUUCACAGGAAGGUUGUAGCCGAUAAGUGCGUUCCUGCUGCUCUGACAUCCGGCUAUGUGACAGCACCAGGAAAUUUGGAGGAGAGCAGGUCAGUUCUUGCUUCAUGUUGAAUAUGAGCCUUGUUAUGAUCAGCGAGAAUGUAAAGCUGGCCCGUGAAUAUGCCUUACUGGGAAACUAUGACUCUGCAAUGGUCUACUAUCAGGGAGUUCUUGACCAGAUGAAUAAAUACCUCUACUCUGUCAGAGAUGCAUAUUUGCAACAGAAAUGGCAACAGGUUUGGCAGGAGAUAAGUGUGGAAGCUAAGCAUGUGAAAGAUAUAAUGAAAACACUAGAGAGUUUUAAAUUAGACAGUACUCCAUUGAAAGCUUCACAACAAGAAUUACCAGCUCAUGAUGCAGAAGUCUGGUCUUUGCCAGUACCUGCUGAACGAAGACCUUCGCCAGGACCCAGAAAACGUCAGUCUGUUCAAUGCAGUGAUUGCAGAGGUCACAAUAAUCGUAUAAGUGCAGCUGUUAGAGGUCCUCACCGUCCAUCUUCUCGAAAUCCAAGUGAUAAAGGAAAGGCAGUCCGCGGCCGGGAAAAAAAGGAUCAGCAAAAUAAAGGAAAAGAGGAGAAGAACAAAUCCACAUCUGAAAUUUCAGAGUCUGAACCAAAGAAAUUUGAUAGUACUGGAUAUGAUAAAGAUUUAGUAGAAGCUUUGGAAAGAGAUAUAAUUUCUCAAAAUCCCAACAUUCGAUGGGAUGACAUUGCUGAUUUAGUAGAAGCUAAAAAACUGCUCAAGGAAGCUGUAGUUUUACCGAUGUGGAUGCCGGAGUUUUUUAAGGGAAUUAGAAGACCAUGGAAGGGUGUGCUGAUGGUUGGUCCUCCUGGUACUGGAAAGACCCUUCUGGCAAAAGCUGUAGCAACUGAAUGCAAGACUACUUUUUUCAAUGUUUCUUCUUCCACACUUACCUCAAAAUACAGGGGAGAAUCUGAGAAACUUGUUCGUUUGCUCUUUGAAAUGGCUCGAUUUUAUGCCCCGACAACCAUAUUUAUUGAUGAGAUAGACUCUAUCUGUAGUCGUCGGGGAACUUCAGAGGAGCAUGAGGCUAGCCGACGUGUGAAAGCAGAACUGCUAGUUCAGAUGGAUGGUGUUGGAGGGGCCACUGAAAAUGAUGAUCCUUCUAAAAUGGUCAUGGUACUUGCAGCUACUAAUUUUCCUUGGGAUAUUGAUGAAGCCCUGAGGAGGAGACUAGAAAAGAGAAUUUACAUUCCUUUACCAUCAGCAAAAGGUAGAGAGGAACUCCUAAGAAUUAAUCUGCGGGAGCUGGAACUGGCUGAUGAUGUUGACCUUGCAAAUAUAGCUGAGAAAAUGGAGGGUUAUUCAGGUGCAGACAUUACCAACGUAUGCAGAGAUGCAUCGUUGAUGGCUAUGAGAAGGCGUAUUGAAGGCUUAACACCAGAAGAAAUAAGAAAUCUUUCUCGAGAUGAAAUGCACAUGCCAACAACGAUGGAAGACUUUGAAAUAGCUUUAAAGAAGGUUUCUAAAUCUGUAUCUGCUGCGGACAUUGAGAAAUACGAGAAAUGGAUAGUUGAAUUUGGAUCGUGCUGAGUUGUCUUAUCAUGAAGCCAUCUUAUGUCUUAAAACAGCUUCAGAAGUAGUGUGUCAGUGCACUGCGUGCUCUUUUUAACUUUUGUAAUUUAAGAGCAACAGAUACCUAAAUAAAUAUUUUUUUAAAAUGCAAA